AUGCCACGAACACUGCCAUGGCUCACCGGAGCCUCAGAAAAGAGGGAAGCGCCACGCAAAGCACAAUCAGAGAAACCCGCCCGCAAGCGCUCAUCCUCUCCAGGCGACCUCGUCAACUCGGACCUCGAACCGAUAGGCAGCAGUAGCAGCAGUCCCGAGCGCAAACCAAAGAAGCGACCUUACCGCGAACCCUCCAGCUCUCCUCCCCCAGCCAAAGUCGCGCCACUAGUCGAGUACAUGCGCGAAGGCUUCACCAUGGACGACCGCUACAUGAUGGUCGAAGACGAGUUCACCUCGACCGCUCGACUCUUCUCUCUGCCGCUGCACCAGGACGAAUACGAUCGCGCUAGGCGCCGUGCGAAAGCUCGUGGUGCAGAGACUUUGAGGAUGAUUGGACAUGGGACGGAUGGGACGACGGGGCAGAGUAGGCCGUUGAGGUUGAAGUUGGAGGCCGAGGGGAUGGUCAAGAAGAGGAAGGACGCUGGAUUGGUGGACGAUGACGAGGAAGACUUCAUGGCGGAUCCGCAGCUUGCUGGCCUGAUGACGGCUAGUCACUCUACGCCGAGGAAGAGCUUGAAGGGGUUUGCGAGUAAUAGUCAGAGGACGCCGAGGGUGGCGGGCGGGAGGACGAGGGAUGUGUACAGGAGGCCGGACGUCUCCGCGAUUGAGGAGGACGAGGAAACAGAGGAUGAAGAUGAGCAUGAUCUGGACGUGUUUGCGACGAGAGGAAGACAUACUGCCAGCACUUCUGCGAAGCAUGCUGCCCUGGCCACGAAGAAUCCAGCAAUGCCAGAGCCUGAAAAGAAGGUCGGAAUCUUCAAGCAGUUCGCUAGGCCAGCCCAAGCAGAGCGCGAGCGAAAGGAUGAAGAAAAGAGGAGGACUGUAUCGCCAACGCGAAACACCAACCGCCGCGACAGUGUCAAGCCCGCAGCUGUGCGUGACCCAUCUCCUCGUCGAAAGGAAUCUUUGAGCUCGACCAGCAGUCAAGCACAACCCGCGAAGAUGUCAAGGGCAGCGACUAUAAUCGCCAGACGACGAGAGGCAGAGAAGCAAGCGAGAAGGGAGGCGCUCUCACCAGACAAACAGUUCAAGGAAGAGUUGCAGUCGCAAGUCGUGAAGGAGGAGAGGGACAGUCAGACACAAGGCAGGACACACAUCAAGCGUGAGCCAUCGCCUUCACCAGUCAGACAAGCUCUGGCAUCCAAGUCGAUGGCGCAGCGUCGAGCGGAACGAGCAAAGAAAGGGAGGGAAGACAAGCAAAAGAGCCAGCUCGACGACAUUCCAACAUUCUUGUUCUGA